AUGGUUGUGGCAAUGGUAAUGGCAAUGGUUAUGGCAACGGUUAUGGCAAUGGUAAUGGCAAUGGUAAUGGCAAUGGUUAUGGCAAUGGUAAUGGCAAUGGUUAUGGCAAUGGUUAUGGCAAUGGUUAUGGCAAUGGUAAUGGUAAUGGCAAUGGUUAUGGCAAUGGUAAUGGCAAUGGUAAUGGCAAUGGUAAUGGUAAUGGCAAUGGUUAUGGCAAUGGUAAUGGCAAUGGUAAUGGCAAUGGUAAUGGUUAUGGCAAUGGUAAUGGUAAUGGCAAUGGUUAUGGCAAUGGUAAUGGCAAUGGUUAUGGCAAUGGUAAUGGUAAUGGCAAUGGUAAUGGCAAUGGUAAUGGCAAUGGUUAUGGCAAUGGUAAUGGUAAUGGCAAUGGUUAUGGCAAUGGUAAUGGCAAUGGUUAUGGCAAGGUAAUGGCAAUGGUUAUGGCAAGGGUAAUGGCAAUGGUUAUGGUAAGGGUAAUGGCAAUGGUUAUGGCAAUGGUAAUGGUAAUGGCAAUGGUUAUGGCAAGGGUAAUGGCAAUGGUUAUGGCAAGGGUAAUGGCAAUGGUUAUGGCAAGGGUAAUGGCAAUGGUUAUGGCAAUGGUAAUGGCAAUGGUUAUGGCAAUGGUAAUGGCAAUGGUAAUGGCAAUGGUUAUGGCAAUGGUAAUGGCAAGGGUUAUGGCAAUGGUAAUGGUAAUGGCAAUG